AUGUCCCACCCACAAACCUUUCAGUCUGAUGCAUCAGAUCAAAGUGAAAACGAAUUAGAGAAUCAGGUUUCUUCUGUGCAGGUUGAUAAUAAAGAAGAUAAUAAAGUUGCUGAUGAUGCAGAAAAUGACGAUUUAUUAGCUGAUUUUGGCGAAGAGGAAGAGGAUAUUGAAUUGACGCAUCUACGAAUUACUGAUAUUCCUAGCCUUUUUCUGGAUCGAUUUGUUAAUUUAAAAAAACUAUGUCUUCGACAAAACUUAAUCACGAAAAUAGAAGGCCUUGAAAAUCUAAAGUCCUUGAAAGAAAUUGAUUUCUACGAUAAUAGGAUAUCGUAUAUUGAAAAUCUGGAUAAUCAGAUUAAUCUUGAAUCAUUAGACCUAUCAUUCAAUAAAAUAAAAGUGAUCGAAAACGUUAACCACCUCAUAAAACUCACAAACCUCUACUUUGUACAAAACAAAAUAAAGACCAUUCAAAAUCUUGAAAAUCUCGUGAAUUUGACGAAUUUGGAGCUGGGUGCAAACAAUAUUCGGAAAAUUGAGAACUUGAGUUCUUUCGUCAAGCUGGAACAACUCUGGCUCGGGAAAAAUAAAAUCAAGGAAUUCGAGAAUUUGGACAAUCUGAAAAAUCUCAAAAUUUUGAGUAUUCAAAGCAACAGAUUGACGAAAUUAAACGGUUUAGAGGGUUUAAUCAAUCUGGAAGAAUUAUACGUUAGUCACAAUGGAAUAAAGAAAAUCGAGGGACUAGAAAACAAUGUUAAAAAAUUACGUGUCCUAGAUAUCGGUAAUAACUUCAUCACUAAAAUUGAAAAUAUCUCUCAUUUGUCCAAUUUGGAGGAAUUCUGGGCUAAUAAUAACCAGCUGAACGAUUUUCAAGAACUUGAAUCCCAACUUGCACACAUCCAGGAAUUACGCACCGUUUAUCUCGAGGGUAAUCCUCUACAAAAAAAUAACGAGGUGACGUAUCGACUUAAAGUGAAGACAAUAUUGCCACAAGUAAUUCAGAUAGAUGCUACGUAA